AUGUUUUACAAAAUGGAACUGCAUAAAAUCAUCAAGGUGGAGCCCCACAUGUUGGGCCGGACACUUCAUCGCCACCUUGCUAGAUACCUUCGCAAUGCUGUGGAAGGACACCCUCUCCAGAUGCCGCUCAUAAAAGGGAGCAAUGGGGAGUCGGUUCGGGUGGAUCAAAGUUCAUCUGCCGUCAUCAUCGCGGUGCUCGAUAUCCUUAACACGGAGUCAUUGGAAGGAAGAGUCUUAGAUGAUGGUGGGGUGUCAUUUCUGCUUCAUUACGAGGCCCUUGUUUUCAAGUUGCAUCGUGGUGAGGUUGUUGAUUUGAUGGUGGUUGGCGUGGAACGCGAGGGAUGGUGGGGGAGCGUCGUGGGAGUUGGGAAAAUGUACAUCAGCCGUGGGCAGAUGGGGAAUGAGUGGGUGUACGAAAGCGAUGGGGUGGAAGGCGUUUGGAUUACGAAGGAUGGAUCACGGUCCGUGAAAAGUGGUGAAAUUGUGCGUGUGCGUGUGGUUGCCGAGACCCCACAGUCCGAGGGCGUGGUUGCUAUAGGUAGCAUGAUUGGAAAAUACCUAGGCACGUUGUAA